UGAAACACUGUUUACGACCAUACCUUUACUGGAAUAGUCUCUUUCGCUCUUUUUCUCGGAUGUCGUUGAAAGUCGCGUUUGUUUCUAGGACUCGCUUGCCGGAGCUCCAAACCCCGCUCUUAUCAGUGGUCUUUGUCUCCGUGCGCGAUCGGCUUCAAUCGGCUGUGAGCUGCCCCAACCCCUACGGAGCAGAUUGAUUUCAGCUGAAUCGAAACGUCAACAGUGGUUUGUGUGUGUGUGUGUGUGUGUGCUUUUUGCUCUUUUUUUGUUCGCUCCUGCCGACCGAACUAAUUGCGAUGACUGCGGGCCGGUGUGGCAGCCGGCCUUCGCCUUUAGUCGGGUGGAGGACACUCACGCGCUCGGUGUUGGUUUGGAACGAGCAGUUACAGUGGACUGGCAAGGUGUGCAAAACACAAGUGGGCUCCACAGCACAAUCAAAACGAUGGAGAUAAGCAACACCACCGGGUUUCUGCUGCAGACCAUCCUCUGGAUGGCAAACCAUGAGUACAACAACUCGCUGAUCAAUGUGAUACACAAUCAAACGCUCAGUGCGGAUAGCAACAAGACGAGUGGUGAGUUCUCACUGGCGGAAGACGUGCGCUGCUACGGUGUGUACGGCUGCUUCCCGAUUACGCCGCCCUGGAUCGACGAGAAGCGCCCCGUCGCGUACCAUCCGCAGUCGCCGGCGACGGUGGACGUGCGGUAUCCGGUGUUUAUCAAGCCGAACACCGAUCAUCCGAAGUUUAUCGACAUCAACGAUCCGGCCAGCGUGCGGCAUCUCGGCAUCAAUCCCAAGGGGCGCAUCUACUUCAUCACGCACGGCUACAUCGAGUCGGGUGAUCGACCAUGGAUCCGGCAGAUGGUGAACGCACUGAUCGAGAACGAUCCGGACCGGACGGCCAGCUGCGUCGUGAUCGACUGGCGCAAGGCGUCGAACCCACCGUACACGCAAACCUGCGCCAACAUUCGGCUGAUCGGGGCCAUCACGGCGCACGUGAUCUACUUGCUCUAUGAGGAGCUGAACAUGAAGAACCUGGACAAGGUGCACCUGCUGGGCCACUCGCUCGGGUCGCACCUGUGCGGGUACGCCGGGUACCAUCUGCAGAAGGACUUCGGGCUAAAGCUGGGCCGCAUUACCGGGCUCGAUCCGGCCGAGCCACUGUUCUCCGAUACGGAUCCGCUGGUGCGGCUCGACCGCAGCGACGCCAAGUUCGUGGACGUGAUCCACUCGGACGGUUCGGAGUGGGUGAGCAAGGGUGGGCUGGGGAUGUAUCAGCCUAUCGGGCACGUCGACUUCUACCCGAACGGGGGGUACAAUCAGCCCGGCUGCAGCGAUCCGAUGAACAAGUUCAUCCGCAAGCACGACGACUCGUUCUUCUGGGGCUUUCAGGAGUUCUUCGGCUGCAACCAUCUGCGGUGCCACCAGUUCCUGACGGACAGCAUACUGCACCGGUGCCCGUUCGUGGGCAUCGGGUGCGAAUCGUACGCACAGUUUCUGCGCGGCGAAUGCUUCGAGUGCGACCGGGACGGGCACUACUGCGUCGAGUUUGGGCUGAAGGCACAGGAAAGCUACAGCCGGCUGAUCGAGAACGGUGUGAUAAAGGAUCCGAACGCUCCGCUGAGUGUUUACAUGAUUACGGGCGCUGAGCCACCGUACUGCCGAUCGCACUUCCGCAUCACGAUGAGCGUUUCCGACGAGGAGGAGAGCCUCAUACACGGGGGCGAGAUUGGCAAGAUGUCGUUCGAGCUGCACGGCGAGGGCGGCGUGCGGUCGGGCAAGAUGGACUUCUCCAAGGAUCCGGUGUACUUCGAGCCGGGCGGUAACUACUCCGCCAUCAUGGCCGGGUCGCACGUCGCCAAGCUGCUGAAGGUGAUGCUGACCUGGGAGUAUCGGACGAAUCCGCUCAACCCGCUCACCUGGCGCCUGCUGGUGGUGCCGCGCGUGUACGUGCAGCGCAUUCGCAUCCAGCUGAUGGAGCAGCGCACCAGCGUGGUGGUGUGUCCGCUGAACGAUGCACCGGUCCGGGCCGAUCAGGAGAAUGAGUUCAAGAGUGAGUACUGCCGGUCCUGAAGCGGCCCCAAAGCAAGCUCUCUUCCGAUCGUGAUGGUUGAGAUUGCUUUAUCGAGCAUAAUGUGAAGUUGUACCUUUCAGUUAGACAAAACAAAGUUUUGAUUGGCAAUUAGGAUUAGAGAUAUGUUAAACGACAUAAGCAAUGUGCUGGAUGGAGCGUAUGAAUUUGCAAUAAAAAGUCAUUCCGAGCACGUAA